AUGACCCUGAAUGGGAUGUAUAAAAGAAAAAAUAGACUUGUCUAUCAAGAGAAGGUUCUUUGGACAUCCUUGUUUAUGUCCUUACCAGAUGAAGUAAACACUUUGAAAACCUGCCUGACAGAGAAAGAGGACUCGUGGAAGAUGAAGCUUGAGAAGGAAGAGGAGGAGAGCUUGAAGCGAGAACAGGCAUUGAUUAAUGGCUACAAAGCAGAGAUAGCCAACCUAAAGAACCAGUUGUCUGUUAUGAAGGCUGAACAUCGACACAAUAGCCCAAGUCCCCUUAAAUCUCCAUCCAAACAUAGGAAACACCAGGAUCAUUUCAUGGAGGACUUGUCAAAACAACUUAAAGACCUCCAGGAAGAAUUUGACAAGAACUCUGCAGCAACACUUGAGUUAGAAGAGGCUCUUCACAAGACGAAACAAACAAAUGAAGAAUUAGAAGAGUCUCUCCACAGAGAAAAACAGACAAAUGAGGAGAUACAAAAUGCUCUUAGCAAGUCAAAACAGACUAAUGAGGAAUUACAAGAAGCUCUUCACAAGUCAAAACAGACAAAUGUGGAAUUACAAGAAGCUCUUCACAAGUCAAAACAGACAAAUGUGGAAUUACAAGAAGCUCUUCACAAGGAAAAACAGACAAAUGAGGAAUUACAAGAGGCUAUUCACAAGGGAAAACAGACAAAUGAGGAGGCUAUUCACAAGGAAAAACAGACAAAUGAGGAGGCUGUUCAAAAGGAAAAGCAGACAAAUGAGGAAUUACAAGAGGCUCUUCACAAGUUAAAACAGACUAAUGAGGAAUUACAAGAAGCUCUUCACAAGUUAAAACAGACUAAUGAGGAAUUACAAGAAGCUCUUAAUAAGGAAAAACAGACAAAUGAGGAGGCUGUUCAAAAGGAAAAACAGACUAAUGUGGAAUUACAAGAAACUCUUCACAAGGAAAAACAGACAAAUGAUGAGGCUGUUCAAAAGGAAAAACAGACUAAUGUGGAAUUACAUGAAGCUCUUCACAAGUUAAAACAGACUAAUGAGGAAUUACAAGAAGCUCUUAACAAGGAAAAACAGACAAAUGAGGAGGCUGUUCAAAAGGAAAAACAGACUAAUGAGGAGGCUGUUCAAAAGGAAAAACAGACUAAUGUGGAAUUACAAGAAACUCUUCACAAGGAAAAACAGACUAAUGAGGAAUUACAAGAAACUCUUCACAAGGAAAAACAGACUAAUGUGGAAUUACAUGAAGCUCUUCACAAGUUAAAACAGACUAAUGAGGAAUUACAAGAAGCUCUUAACAAGGAAAAACAGACAAAUGAGGAGGCUGUUCAAAAGGAAAAACAGACUAAUGAGGAGGCUGUUCAAAAGGAAAAACAGACUAAUGUGGAAUUACAAGAAACUCUUCACAAGGAAAAACAGACAAAUAAGGAGUUACAGGAGGCUCUUCAAAAGACAAAAUCUGCAAUUGAUUUAAAAACUGGAAAUGAAGAAGCAAUGCAAAAGCAGGAAUCAGAUAAUGGAAAAUCUGCAGAUUUGGAAAAAAUUGUUGAAGGUUUGAAAUGCAAGAUAGCUGAAAAGGAUGUAGAGAUAGCAGAAUUGAAAGAACAUUCUAACAAACUAGAUCUGUCAAUGGGGAGAGACAUGCAGUUUCAGCUAGACGAGGCACACAUUGAGAUUUCACAACUUCAGGGUGAACUUACAAAGCUAGAACGCAAAGCAGUGAAUUUAGAGAAACUUUAUAAAGAGAAAACCAAACAAAAUAUGGAACUCAAUGAUGAAUUGAACAAAGUGAAAGUAGCAAAAGAAAUGCUAGAGGAAGAUCUGCAAGACCAGGAGGAGACAGAAGGGAAAUUAGUAGAAACGUCCAAGGAAAAGGAUCAACUGAAAAAGAGAUUUGAAGAACUAGAAAAAGAGAUAAAACAGCAUCAGGAUAACUCUGAUGAGAAGUGUGUCAUCAUUCAAAAAGAGAAUGCUGAAUUGAAGGAGAAAAUUGAAAAGCUAGAGUAUAAGCUUACUGAGGAAGAAAAUGCAGGCUGUACAAUGAAGUCUGAGUUGGAAGCUGCAACAGUUGAGAUCAAGAAGUAUGAAGUGCUAAGUGAGACCCAUGAAAAGAAGAUAAAAGAAUUGCUGGACCAGCUUGGCAAUUGUGCACAGUGCCGGGAGUGGCAGACAAAGAACACUGACAUUGAAGAGGCCUUAGAGGCCUUGAAAGGAGAGGUGAGGUUUUUACAGGGGGAGGCUGAGCCUCUGAAAGAAGAGCUUACAACACUGAGAAGUGACUUCAAAACUAAAAAUGUGGAAGUUGGUGAUUUAAAGGAAAGAUAUGAAAAUAUUCAAAGUGAACUAGAAAAGAAGGAACAUACAUUUGAAGAAACUCUUGAGAACUCGAACAAACAAAUGAUCAGUAUGAUAAACUGA